ACUAACAUAGUUUGCGGCUAACACCAUAUUGUUGAGCAAGAAUGUUUUAAGAACAGUAAAUUUAAAGCUAAAGCUUCCACUGUUCUCUAAAGCGGAAACUUAAUUAUAUACAGAGUAUAGCCAAGAACUGAAGAAAAGUUAUAUUUACAAAAAGUCAUCCCAGCUUGCACUGUUAACUUUAAAUUGGAAUUAGAUUCAAAUAGACCAACUCCAAAAAAUUUCUAGGAUUCUAGGAUUUUCGUGAAGGGACAGAUUUGCAAAAACGUUUCGAAAAGUUUGACGGCCUUUGUUUGUAGGUCUACCAAAUUGAUUUUCUGGGCUUACCCAAAACACUGCAAGAAUCCUUUUAGAUUAAAAUUUUGUGCUAAAAUUUUGAAAAAAAAAAACAGACCAAAAAAAACUUUUGAGCACUCCCCCUCUUUAAAUCCGCUGCAGUUUUGUUUUGCUGUGUAAAUUGCAAGUUAUUCGUAAUGAUGCAAGUUAUUCGAUUUAUGUAACUAAUUUAUGUAAAUGAUGCAAGUUACUCGUAAGUUAAGUGCCCUUUUUGAUAUUGAGAUGAAUUGAACCUCUUUUAUCCGCUAGAAACUCUCAAACACUCUUUGCUAGAUCGUGAUUAGAUUCCAGAUCUUGGGCUUCAUUUAAUUUGCUCAGUUCAAUUAUCUUGCUUCCAAAACUACCAAUGCCAUUACUUAGUACCAUAUUUACUUAGUAGUUUUUAUAUGAAACAAACUGCAUCAGCUCUUGACCAUUACCAUACAGAAACUAUCUUAUCUUCAAUUCACACUAUACCAAAAUUUACGGUUUGUCUACAGAAAUUCAACAGCAUACAUUUGUUUUAUUUGAUAUUAUGAAACAUGAUUCAGCUUGAGUUGUUGUCCAGCAACUAUUUACCUAAUCGCACUUAACUUUGGCCAGUUUAAUUGCAGAAAAGUUAUAUUAAACAAAAUUACUUUCAUGAUGAAAUUUUUGUAGUGAAAAAAAAAGCACGGAAAUGGCUGCUAGUUCACCAGCGAGGCAAAUGGCCUCGUUAUAUUUGAAAAACAUCGGCUUAAUGACCAGUUUUUUCACAGUCUCUGAAGUCAUCCAGCAGAAGUACGUGUUCAAAAAGGAGAAAGUGGACUAUGGCGAAGUGUUCAGAUUGGGAACAGCUAUUGCUGUGUGGACCGCGCCUGUGAAUUGUUUUUGGUACUUCUCGUUAUUGAACAGAGUCGUGCCGGCGCUGAAAAACCCGAUGACUACAGCCAUGGUGCGUGCAAUUGUCGACCCAAUUCUGUGUCUGCCCGUUUCAAACACCGGAUUGUACGUCGUCAUGGAUACCCUGGCUGGAAAAGAGGACAAAUUUGAGCAGGUCAAGACCAAGUUCCCCACCACUUAUCUCUCAGGAUGUGCCUUCUGGAUUCCCGCCCAAAUCAUCAACUUCAGGUUUUUCCCAGUGCAUCUGCGGAUGGUGUACGUCAGUACGACAUGCUUUGUAUGGAGCAAUAUGCUGUGCUACAUCAAGAACACUGAUUUGAAAGCAGGAACAAAGGCUAAAACUGAAUAAAUAGAUUUUUUUUUUCAUUUUGAUAAUUUAUUUGUUACUGCCAGAAUAAAAU